ACUGUCAUGUGAAAGGAGUUUUAUUCCUCCUUGGAUAUGUAGAAAUACCAUUGUUUCAUCCUCUUGUGGUUCAGUCAAGUUGGUCAUUAUUGUAAAAUUUGUAAAAAUUGAAAUAAUCAAACAAUAAAAAAACAAAAGAAAUGGUGAGUGAGGGACAUCAUCGACUAUCUCAUUUAUUUUACAUGUCACUGAGUGGUGCAAAUAACUAUUUUGUGAAAAAUAAGCGAAACUUCAAAAUGUCAUAACUUCCUUAUUUUACAUUCGAUUUGGAUGAAAUUUUCAGCAUUAUGCAUGUUGGAUUUUUCUCUAUUGAUUCGAAUCAACAUUUUUCUGCGGUGGACUUGACCUUCAAGAAUGCAUUCCAUUUGAGUGGACGAAUAUCGAUCUCCGAAUUGUCUGUGUUCCGUCGUAUCAUCUCUGUCGACGAGCGCCAUCUGGAGCUCGGCGCAAGUAAUUCCAAUUGACGACGAGACUGUUAAAUUGUGUUGGACUCUUGUUGACAAGAUUUGUUUAUUAAAUUAUUGUCAAAUCACGGAUCAAAAUGUCCGAUUCCAAUCCUUCUGAAGCAAAUGGGAGUCAUAGUGAAGAGGAUUCUCACGAAAGAUUAGGACCUAUAUUGGAAGGCACCCAGCUUUCCUACAUCGAGCAUGCAUGUGUGAAGAUUCCAGAAGAGCUUGGUAAAUGGUAUGGUUCUAAGGUGAAAAGGGUUGAUCUCAGCUUCAACCAAAUCAAAACUCUUAAGGGUCUGGAGAGCUUCCAUCAGCUUGAGGAGUUAGUGAUGGACAACAACGCUCUUGAUGAUUCCCUUCACAUCCCCCUCAUGCCUCAUCUGCAUACGCUGCACAUGAACAAAAACACAAUAUCAGAUAUUAACAGUCUAAUAGACAAGCUCCAGAUGUCUGUUCCAUCUCUCACAUUCCUUAGUCUCCUUGGUAACGAAGCUUGCCCUAACGAGCUGUCAAGCUCGGAGAAAGAUGAAGAAGACUACCAAAGAUACAGAUAUUUUGUGAUCUACAGUAUUCCCACACUCAAGUUUCUUGACCACAGACCAGUAUCAAUGAAAGAAAGAAAUGAAGCAAAGAGAAUAGGUUCACUCAUGAAGGUAGCCAGACCAGCUGAUGUGGAUGAUGCUGAGGAUGCUUUAUCUGCUAACACGACUCACUAUUCUCCUCUUCCGUCACAAACAAGAAAUGUAGAUGGAGAUCACCAAGGCACAUACGGGCGCUGCAAAUAUGUCUAUUAUGGCCGCCACUCAGAAGGAAACAGAUUUAUCCGGAACAAUGACCUAUGACCUGGUGACCUUUGCACCUGGUGACACCCUUUGACCAAAACACAUCUAUAGGGAUCGAAAGACCAUGAGGUUUUUAAACAUCUUAAUGAACGUCUGAUAUAUUCUAUUCUCCCAACUACAAAUAGCCUACCAAUGGUUAACUGCUGACAUGCCUCAGUGGCUGAUUGGCAUCAGAAAAUACACACAAGCCGCAUAGAGGUAAUAUGUUCUCUGUUUAAAUUAGAAUGCAUUAUUCUUAUAAAGUAGAGGUGCACAUUAUUGCCAAUCAUAUCAAAUAUUGAGAUAUUUCUUCUAUAGCUAUAUUUAGACAUUUCAAGUACUGUUACAUUGAAACCAGUUUGAGGAUUGGUUUUGGCAUCACUUAUUUUCAUACUUCUGAGUGUUGAAAUAUAUUUCAGACAUGCCUGUAUAAGCUGCAUCAAAAUUGCCUGUACCUUUAUAAUCUGUAUCAAAGUGAACUACAACUUCCUUAUUAACUGAAUUACAGUUGUCUCAGUUUGUUUAGACCUUUGGUGAGGCAUUUAUCCUCAUAACCAAGUCCCUCGGAUAGGACCUUAAGCCACUGGUGCUCUAGUUGCUUACUAGUUACUAUUAAACAAGCAUUUAAUAUGCUUUUCUUAGCAGUUGGGCAAAAUAGCCACCACUAACCAAUGGACUACAAUAGCUUAUGAAUCAUAGUCUUAGAUUUAAUGUCUGUUACAAAUAAUGUUGGUAUUUUUCGGAACAAUUAAAAAAAAGCAAAUUAAAAAUGUCUUCCUAUCUUUCUCAAUAGUUUGUAUAUUGAUUGAUUGGUGCCAGUUUCAUUUUAAAAUUUUCACUUUAAAAAUUAUAAGGCAAGACUAAAAAUGCAAACCAACAUAGUGAAGUUAAAUGUUAAGUUUGUUAACCACCAUAAUUUUAGCUCCAAUGGCACUUUCUGUGUGUGGAACUUACUUCAUACGUUUUUCUUACCACAGUUAUACAAUCGUAUGGACAAAAUUUGAUUGAAUCAUUGCUUUUAUUCUGUGCUCAUUUUCAUUUUGCAUGGUCAUGUACAUCUUCAUUGAAUACCUUAUUGGACAUCUGCUGGAUAAUUUGCAUAUGAUAUUAAGGUCUAUUGAUUUUGUUAUUGCAUUCAUGUAUAUACAUGGCAUGUGUCGUAAUAUUUAUUAUAAUGAUAACCAUCUGUAUAGAGUAUCUAUUUUUGUGCAAAUAUAUGUAUUUUAGUGCAUCUAUAUGUAUAUCACGGAUAAAUUGAAAAAAAAUGUAUAUUGAUUGAAUUUAUAUUUCUCUCUGAAAAUGUGUCACAAUUAUGUUUCUAUUAAUCACUAGAAAUUGUCAUGAUUUCAAUUGUAUAAUCAUUCUGUCUAAAUGUAGUUUAAACUUGUGAGCCCAAAUUCACAAAGGAGGUUUCUAAUUUCUCGUAACCAUAAUAACAAACCUUCCCUUGGUUUCCUGCAUAGAACCAUUUCAAAGUUUUCUCGAGUGUGUGCAUGGGUGCUUAAAGGUAUUGUUUAACUUUGUGAGCAGCCGAUUUAAAAAAUUCUUAAACCGAGAUGAAACAUGUGUACAAGAGCAUGUAUUAGAACUAAUAAACCCUGAAAACAACCAUUAUUGAGAAUGAUAAGCUAAAACUACAAGGCAAACCCCGAUUUUGUAAAUAGGCGUCUAAUAGACGCCUAAAUAGUACACAUAAGUAUAUGGGAUGAAAUUAAGGUGGUGUUUCCGGUCACUUUAUAUUUCAAUUUUUGAAGCACUAAAUAAUUAUUUUUGAACGCAAUUUUUUCUGGGCUUCAUUUUUGUAACAUAUCACAGACACAGGUGACAAGUGUGACCUUCUAGCUCAGAUUUUUUAAAAGUCAAAUCAAUGUUAAACAAUCACUUUAAUACUUAAUGAUUAUUUUGAUUUGCUUUUUGAUAUUUCAACGGGAAGACUGGUAGUGGGAGAGAUUGUGCCUUGGUUAUUUGAUUACUUUGUCAGCUGGAAUAAUAUUGAGUUCAUAAUAUAGUCUGGGAUUACUAACUUAAAAUAUAUUCACAAUUUUUGAGCAAAUUUGCUCAAGAAAUGGCUGAAAAAUAUCUGUUUGAUGGCAUCGUCCAUUUGAGCACACACGCACACAUAAACGAAAUAGGAAUUCUGUUUGCCUGCAUAAAAACAGAUGCUCCUUGUCUUUUAACACUGACUUGGAGGCGUGGAGGCAUCUGAGCAUUAUUAAGGCCGUUAAAUUGCAUUUCUCUCAAACUAAAACACUGAAAUUGCCAGAAUUCGUGGAAGGAAUGUCACACAAUUUCAGACACAUUAAAAAAAAAUUUGUUGUUCAUUUUUAUUGUCUCGCCUGCAUAGCAGAGCGAGACUAUAGGCGCCGCUUUUCCGACGGCGGCGGCGUCAACAUCAAAUCUUAACCUAAGGUUAAGUUUUUGAAAUGACAUCAUAACUUAGAAAGUAUAUGGACCUAGUUCAUGAAACUUGGACAUAAGGUUAAUCAAGUAUUACUAAACAUCCUGCCUGAGUUUCAGGUCACAUGACCAAGGUCAAAGGUCAUUUAGGGUCAAUGAACUUAGACCAUGUUGGGAAAAUUAUUUUCAAAAUCUUAACCGAAGGUUAAGUUUUUGAAAUGACAUCAUAACUUAAAAAGUAUAUGGACCUAGUUCAUGAAACUUGGGCAUAAGGUUAAUCAAGUAUUAGUGAACAUCCUGCUCGAGUUUCAGGUCACGUGACCAAGGUCAAAGGUCAUUUAGGGUCAAUGAACUUUGGUUAAGUUGGGGGCAUUUGUUGAAUUACUAUCAUAACUUUGAAAAUUUAUGGAUCUAGUCCAUGAAACUUGGACAUAAGGUUAAUCAAGUAUUAGUGAACAUCCUGCCUGAGUUUCAGGUCACAUGACCAAGGUCAAAGGUCAUUUAGGGUCAAUGAACUUUGGCCAAGUUGGGGGUAUUUGUUGAAUUACCAUCCUAACUCUGAAAGUUUAUGGAUCUAGUUCAUAAAACUUGGGAUAUAAGAGUAAUCAAGCUUCACUGAACAUCCCCUGUGAGUUUCAGGUCACAAAACCAAGUCAAAGGUCAGUUAAGGUCAAUAAACUUAGGCCAUGUUGGGGUAAUUGUUGAAGUGCCAUCAUAACUUUGAAAGUUUAUGGAUAGAGAAUGAAUGAAAUGUGGACAUGGGUGUAGUUGACAAGUCUUAAGUCACCGUUCAAAUGUCAUCUAUGGUCAAUGAACGUGGUAUUAUAUCAUUAUAUGAAUGGUGUUUUUGUGAAUGAUUAUUUUAUAGUAGUUUUCAAAGUUAGCACUGCUGCUAUGUUAAAUUGCGUAAUGCAGGCGAGACUGCCAGAGGCGUUCCACUUGUUAAUGCAGAGUGACAUUAUAAUAACUUCAACAGGAAUUAUUCACAAUUCCCAAUACUAUCCUAUCAUUUUAAAGCCAAUAUUCUUUAGCCAAUUUGAACACCACCAGCUCAAGUCCAAAACAUCUGAUAUUGUGCCUAGAUCCGUACCCAGAAUGCAACAUUUUCAUCAUGUAGUCUGGUAAUAUAUAUCCACUUGAUUAAUACUUAAUUUUCUGCUACUCUUUAUAACAUUUAUAAUGCCAUAGCUCAGUCAGUAGGGCAGGGGUAUCAGAAUUUGGUGACCCGGGUUCGAUUCCCACUUGGUGUGCUAGUUGCCCUUUGGUAAGGCAUUUAUCCUCAUUACCAGGUCCCUUGGAGAGGACCUUAAACCGUUGUCCUCUGGUUCCUUGCUUACAAACAUUCAUGCUAAUAGCAAUCAGGUAAAAAAUCAACACCAUUCAUUCAUUUAUGUAUUCAACAGUAAUUUUUUUUACCAAACAAAAUGUUUUUCCUAUUGGUAUACAUGUAUGAAAGUGUAUAUAUAACAAGACUACCAUAAUGCAUGUUGGCCUUUGACCGGAUAUUUACCAUGUGUUUCAUUUCCUUGGAGUUCAGUUUCCCUGUAAAACAUGAUUUAACCUUUCUUUGUGAAUUUGGGCGUUUGUCUGGACUACUAUAACUACUACUUCUACCAAUUCUAUUUGUAUUACUUCAGCUAAUUCUUUCUCAACUACUAUUGAUAAUAUACCACUGCCAUUAUUGAUUAUACUGUUAUGGGUAAACUGAUAUUUAUUUAUGAUUCAAAUUGAAACUCAUAUUCUUAGUCUUGGCUAUUUCAUGUUAAUUUCUAUGAUGUUCAGGGAUAUAGUUGAGGCCUGUAGUUCUGAUUCAGGAGCCCAAAUGCAACUAUCGGCAAACAUUAAGUCUCAAGGCCGGCCUCAAGUCCAUCCCUGGAAUAAAUGUAUGUAAAUAUUUUAUAUGUCAGACUUUACAUGACUUACUUGAAUUAUCAAAAGAGUAGGAGACAUUGGCAAUGUAAGUUACUCCUACAAAACAUAGAGUUGCAAAUGGAUGCACAAUAACUAUCAAAGUUGAUAGAGCCAAGAAGUUGUUAUGACCGAGUUCCAAAGGGCAACAGAUUUAUUCAAGCAGCAGUUCAUUUCUAAAGAAGCACAAAUGAAAGUACUGCAGUGAGUACCUUGUAGAUGUCGGCCUUUCAAAGGGGCUAGUCUCAUGGGAAAAUCCAAGGAGUUAUUUCUGCAAAUAUUCAUUUGUAAUUUUGUAUUAAUCUAUCUUUUAUAUCAAUUAACUGGAAUUAGAACACAUGACAAAACAUUAAUACCUAAGAAAUAUUGCUCCAAGAAAUUUGGUCAGAUUGUAUCAAAUAAUCUUUAAUUAAUGAAAAAAAUAAGAACUUGACCUUUACUGAAACCAGAUUUUGACACUUUUCUGAUAGUUUCGGGCGAAUGAACAUUUAAAAUGCGGUAGUUAGAAUAUUGUUCUUCAUUAUUGUAUAUGUCAGAUGAGUGCCAGCACAUACCCAGUCUAGUAAUUUGGAGUCAUAUUUCAGGACAUAUUGCAUAGUUUAUUUUCACAUGCCUCCAAAUUAUGUACUACACAUAUAACCAGACCAAGAUGCAGUGAAAAAGCAAUUAUCAUCACAAUAUCGUCACCAUAACUAAGUUUUAUGCCAGAUACCCCAAUGUUUUGUGAAAUACUUUUGUAAAUGUAAAAUUUCCAUGCCACUAUAUAUUAAGCUCAAUUGUUUGAUGGACUUCAAUGUGCCAUUUUGCUCCACAUUGAGAACAUUAAUCAAUGUUUACAGUAUAUAUUCCAUGGAAGUGUGGAACGCAAUGGCCCUCUUUCUGAAGUCGGGUUUAAAGCAGGCCAUGGUUUAACUCAGUAGAAAUUAUGUGAAGCAAAAACUCAAAAUAUUAUUAGCUCUGUAUUUUUUUGCAUUCUUUCCACUCUUUCAUCACGAUGCUAAAAUUGCGAGGAAAACUCAUUCACUUAUAUUCGCAGACAGUUAUGAAUGAUUUGAGUGACAGAUAAGCUAAUAAAUUGAACCUGUACUCGUUAGAGAGUUGUGUCACAAUUGGCUGUCCAUACUUAAACCAAAACAUUAGACCUGGGCCCCGUCUUACAAAGAGUUGCAAUUGAUCCGAUCAAUCGCAACUAUGGAAAGCCAGCAAAGUCAACAUAUAAAAUGCAUGUUUGUUCCAAAAAAUAUUCUAGAUAUGAAUGUAUAUCCAUAAAGUAAUUAAAUUCUUGACAAUUUGGUGUGCUCUCCUUUGUUUACAAAUUGCAUUUUGCAAAUUUCCUGUAGAAAAAAUUAUGAUUGAUUGGAUCAAUCAUAACUCUUUGUAAGAUGGGGCCCUGGGCUCCAUCUUACAAAGAGUUACGAUUGAUACAAUCAAUCGUAACUCUGGAAAUCACACAAAAUUGUCAAGAAAUCAAUGACUUUAUAGAUAAAUAUUCAUAUCUAGAAAUUGUUUUGAACAAACAUACAUUUCAUAUAUUGACUUUGCUGGCUUUCCAUAUUUACAAUUGAUCAGAUCAUUCGCAAGUCUUUGUAAAACAGGGCCCAGAGUUUGAAUUAAACCCUAGUUCAGAAUAUGGGCCAAUGACAUGACAAGGGAGUGUAAUAAGAGACAAAAUCAAUAUUUUGCAACUGAAUAUAAAUAUUUGUUUGAAGGGAGCCCCAUGUCUGCGCACUUAACCAUUUAAGUUAACAUUUAACAUGAAAUUUCUUUUUAUUUUACAAAAUCUUUCAGUUGAUAAAUGUUUCUUUUUAUUCUUAUGAGUAAGUGUGCCAAAAGUCUCUUAAAAAUUUGAAAGAUAUGAAUGAUUUUCUUGGAAAAAACCUGGACCAGUCAUUUUCAGAUAGAACAAAACAAUGGUGACCCUUGACUGCGAACCCAUUCACUUAAUACACGCGAUUCGGGGAUUUUGAUGAGAAAUGCUGCAUUUUGAGGCCAUCACAUGAGAUGCCCGACAUUCUUUAUUUUUCCGCCAUUUUCUGUUGGAUUUAUUAAUGAAUAUCUUUCUAUGUAUCGCAUGUGUAAAGUUUGUGAUCGUUGCGUAUCUUCUUUUACUAGAAUCGCGCAGAUAUGCGUGUGCGAAGAAAAGGGGGACCUUACCAUACAUGUAUAGCUUGAUUGUAAAAUAUUGAUUGAAUCUUUUUGGCCUGAAUUCACAAAGGUGGUUUUGAAAACCCAUGGUUGAGUCCAUGGUUUAUGCAGAUUUCAUGUAUAAAUUACGCUUAAUUUAGCGCGUAUCGGGCGCGUGUAUAAAAAUUCCAAUGCUGAUGCGCGCUUUUGUCACAGUGCUCCAAAUCGACGCCUGUUACCAUGGUUAGAUACACUAUUUUAUUCAUGAGUCCACUGUUUGAAGAGUGGACUCAUUAUUCAAAACAGUGGACUCAUUAAUAAAAUAGCGUGGAUAACCACUGCACCAGGCGUCAAUUUGGCGCACUGUUGCAAAAGGGCGCAUCGGCAUUGGACAUUUUCAACAUACGCGGUAAAUUAAGCGUAAUUUAUACAGGAAAUCUGCAUAAACCAUGGACUCAACCGUGGGUUUUCAUAACCACCUUUGUGAAUUCGGGCCAAAGUGUUACAUUGCCCUAAUGAGAUACAUUGUCUCUUAAUUGAAAUUGAUAAAAAAUUAUUGUAUAUUUAUUUAUUUAUCUUGAUUCUCGCCAAAUGAAUUGAGUUUAGAUAUCGAGCAUGUUCAUUUCAUGUACUCUUUGUGUGGAAAUUGCUGCAUCCUGCUUGACUCGAUACUUUUCAUAUUUUGAGCAAUUGAUAUCAUUAUUUGUUUGAAUCAAAUAAAUUACACAUGCAUACACUUCCAAUAAU